ACAUGCACACGCACACACACACACAUCUCGCCCCGCAGGCUGUUUGCCGCGUUCUCUGCAGCUGACAGUAGUCCACACAUCCCCCUUUUAGUCACGGCAGCCCAAUUUAUGGCCAUUAUACAGCAUUAUAGAUUACAUCUACUCGACUCAAUUUGUUGCUGAAAGAUACGGGAUGGAGGGCCCACAAACGCUGCGGAAAGGCAGAAACCAAAACAACCUCAAAGAGUUAAGACUGAUUCACCAAAAAGCAUGUUUGUUAAUGUUUGAUUUCUCGUCCAGCGAUUAUUAAGCAGAUUAAGCUAUAAAAAGAAACAUUACCAAGCAAAAACAUCCCGCGCCGAGUGGGCCCGGACCACCCAGAAUCAAAGAGUGAAUGAGGGAGUGCUUUAGUGAUCCCGCCCAGGGUUCAGGCGUGCACACACGCACUCACACACACACACCCACACGCUCACACACACACUGGCCGAGCCUUCUCCAGCAUCAGAGCAGCAGAAGCAGCAGCAGCAGCAGCAGCAGAGGGGGGGCUUCCACUCCUCAACUACUCCCCCAACAGCACUCACACUCUUAUUCACUGAACUGACAGCCGGACCCUCACUCACAGUCUCAAGUGUUUCACACAUCAGCCACCCUGGACCUCCAGCCAUGUUCGAUAACUCCCAGUAUCCCUACAACUGCUUUAAUUAUGAUGGAGACGGGUACCCGUCCUGCGGGAGCGAGGAGGGGAAGAAGGUGUGUCGACCUGCAUACAGUUAUAUAGCUCUGAUAGCCAUGGCUAUACAGCAGAGUCCGGAGAAUAAGGUGACGCUGUCAGGAAUCUACGAGUUCAUCAUGAAAAGAUUCCCCUACUACAGAUCCAAUCAGAGAGCCUGGCAGAACUCCAUCCGCCACAACCUCUCCCUCAACAGCUGCUUCAUAAAGGUUCCGCGCACCGAGGGGAACGAGAAGGGAAAGGGUAAUUACUGGACUUUCGCCACGGGCUGCGAGUCCAUGCUGGACCUGUUCGAAAACGGCAACUUCCGCCGCCGCCGCCGCAGACGCACCAUCAAGCUGGGCUUCAAGGAACCGGCCGAAGCCUUCGGGCCCCUGGACACUCAGCAGAACGCGGCAGGUCGACCCCUGGACCACAUCUCGUACUGCCCAGAGACAUCGAACCACAGGGCGGCACACGGCAACCCACAGCUCAGCAAGCCUGAACCCGAGAUCAAAUUCAGCAUUGACUAUAUCCUGUCCACUCCGGACCCUUCCCCGGGCUUCAGACCCCCACACGGCAGCCCCGCAGGAGCAGUCAUUCACCACCUGGAGCCACAGCAGCUCAACCUGCACUUCUGGACCCUUUAAUACACACUCUGUACACACUGAGAUUAACAGACAGCAGAGCAGCAGAACAAAGAAGAUCCGAAUACUGACACAAACUGUUCUGAACUGGGUGUCUGAAUUUACUGGGAAAUUUCCUCAACGUUUCCUUCUUCUGAAGAACAAUAACUCCAAUAAGACAUACAUAGACGCAAGACACAGACUAGCAACUGUCUUAGUAGGGUGUACAGUGUUUAGGUUUAUGUGGCACAUUAACUAGUCGUUACUGCAUUACUCAAAUUACUGCUUAGAGAGUGUUCUCUCUUCAGGAUAUUUCUGAAAAAAGGUUUCUGUCUAUCUAGAUAUACAGACGUAAUUAUCUGCAGAAAGGAUAAGCACAAGUGAUACUCAUAUAGCUCAUCAAAAGCUGUUUAACCCACCAUUUUUACAAAAUUACUGCAUAGUUCAAUUAAGAUGUAAACAAAGCACUUCAGAACGGAUUGGUGUAAAUCAAUUCAAGCUAAUGAAUCUUAGUGACUUUUAUGUAUUUACAUCAUAGUUAUGAAAACUUUUACAAGUCCAGGGUGGGUUUCCUGAAAAAGAUAAACCGUAGAGAAUAACGAAUGAACGAAUGCAUAAUGUGAGAAAAGAACAAACCAGUUCUCUAAGAGUUUUCCAAAGAGCUUCGCACAGCAAAAAUUAAGGAACAAGUUCAAAGAACGUCCCUCGAAACAGCGGGCUCAAUUGUACCACAAACAUUAAUUUAACACUGCCAAAUAUGCAGUAUUUAUUCUCUAUUUUACUCAAAAAGUGUAGAAAUGUGUUGUAAAUACACAUAUAUGACUAAAUGAAUAAACAAAAAUAAGUAUAUUAAUCUAUUUUAACAUUAAAGCUGCUGUAAAUAUAUAUAUAUAUAGCUCGGGAAAAAAUAAGAAACCACUUCAGUUUCUGAAUCAGUUUCUCUGAUUUCACUAUUUAUAGGUAGAUGUUUGAAUAAAAUGAUCAUUGUUGUUUUAUUCUAUAAACUACAGACAACAUUUCCCCCAAAUUCCAAAUAAAAAUAUUGUCAAAAUAUUGUUUAGAGCAUUUAUUUUCAGAAAUUGAGAAAUGUCUGAAAUAACAAAAAAAAAUCUUUCAGACCUCAAAUAAUACAAAGAAAACAAGUUCAUAUUCAUAAAGUUUUAAGAGUUCAGAAAUUAAUAUUUGGUGGAAUAAAACUGGUUUUAUAUCACAGUUUUCAAGCAUCCUGGUAUGUUUCCUCCACCAGUCUUACACACUGCUUUUAGACAAAUUUAUGCCACUCCUGGUACAAAAAUUCAAGCAGUUCAGCUUGGUUUGAUGAUGGUAAACUUAUAAUUUUUAAGUGGUCUCUUAUUUUUUUCCAAAGCUGUAUACAUAUUUAAGGUGCUGAACUUACUUAAAUUUACUUAAAUAAAUACUUUCAGAAUAUUUUCUUAAUAAGUUAAGAAAGUUCUUAGCAUUACAAAGCUUUUAGGAAACUCACCCCAGGUCUAUAAGUAUUUGGACAGUGACUCAAUUUCUGUAAUUUUGCCUCAUAUUUAUUGCAAGGGCUUAACUAAAGUAUUGUGUGAGCCAAAAUGGACUGCAGACAUUGCUUUGCAUAGACAAAAAUAAUAUAGCUGUAAAUAAAAGGGAAAUUUCUUUGCAGUCAGUGACAGACAGAAGUCUGAACCCCCUCAAUGCUGAGUUUCCUCCUUUACAAUUUUUAUUUGAUUUAUUUUUUGCAUAUACCAUUAAUGCAGCAGACUUCAGUUGCUGCUCGUUCCUGAGGUCAUGUGACUGACUUGGUCAUUUAGGAACAUGUUUUUUGCCUGAGGAAGCUCUUUGGUUGUUUUACAGUGCAUAUAUUUUGGGUCAUUAUCCAUCUUGUACUGUAAAGCAAUAAUCUAUCAGUUUUGCAGCAUUUAACUGAAUCUAAGCAUCAAGUGGUCAGCGACCACAUCAUCAAUAAACACCAAUGACUCCAUACACGCCCAUGCCAUAGUACUGCCUCCACCACGUUUUACAGAUGAGGUGAAAUUGCUUCAGCUCAUAAACCCUUCCAUUUAUUCUCCAUCAGCAAUUAACCUUAAUUUCAUUUGUCCAAAAAAAAAGUUUUAGCAGUGUAGCCUGAAUUUUCUCUAAUAUGUUUCAUUUGUAACCAGUAGUUUGAUUCAUGUAGUAAAUUAAAAGUGUAUUUACAGCAAUUAAUACUAAACCACACUGAGUAACUAUGUUUUUUAUCCUAGUUAUUCAGAAGGUUUAUUUUUUUAAGAUUAGUGGAAUAUACAGCUCUGGAAAAAAAUAAGAGACCACUUAAAAUUAUUGAUGAGACUUUUUAAUUUUUUUACCAAAUUGAAAAUCACUGGAAUAUUAUCAAGAGGAAGAUGGAUGAUCACAAGCCAUCAAACCAAGCUGAACUGCUUGAAUUUUUGCAUCAGGAGCGGCAUAAAAUUAUCCAAAAGCAGUGUGUAGAACUGGUGGAGGAGAACAUGCCAAGAUGAAUGAAAACUGUGAUUAAAAACCAGGGUUAUUCCACCAAAUAUUUAUUUCUGAACUUUUACAACUUCAUGAAUAUGAUCUUGUUUUUUUCUUUGCAUUAUUUGAGGUCUGAAAGCUCUGCAUCUUUUUUGUUAUUUCAGCCAUUUCUCAUUUUCUGCAAAUAAAUGCUCUAAAUGACAAUAUUUUUUAUUUUAAACUGAUUCAGAAACUGAAGUGGUCUCUUGAUUUUUUUCAGGGCUGAAUGUCUACAGAGUUGCCAGAGAAAAUAUUUAAUCCUCGUUAAGUUUGCAAACGGAAUGCAAAAGGUGUUCAGUGUUUAGUGGAACUUUAUCUGAGACACUAUCCUAAGCUUAUACUGUCAAGAAAAAAGGCAUCAAUACAGUAUCAAAUGAACUGGGUGGUUGAGGGCUGAAUUCUCACUAAGGUCACUGUCUGUGAGGAGUUUGUUCUCCCUCUGGCGAGUUCUCCCAGUGUCUUCCUCCCCAUUUCUAUGAGGAAGAAGGAGUAAAGAAAAAAGUUGCUUUUUAAGAGUUUUAGCUGCUUUUAACAAUCUUGUUAAAACUAAAGGCACCAAAAAUACGGAUCUUUGGAGUUAUAGGAAUUACUGAAGAACCACUUUUGGUUCUCUAAACAGUCUUUUAAAGAACUGUUUUGGUAAAUUAGAUGUCUGGCCAUGAAGGACUCCAUGUGUACAAGCUGAGAACAGUUUAAUCUUCAGAGCGUGGUGUGCAGAAGCUGGCCUGUGGUUCUGGUGUAUCAGUGCUGCUGGGUUUUUGUUGGUUUAGCGUUGGUGUUUCACAUGCGGCUGCUGGUUUGUUCAGGACAGUGUGCUGACAGGACUGUGGAGUUUGUGUAUUCAGUGUUUCGUUCCCCUGCUUACAGGAACCGCUGAGUGACUGCACUGUUUACUCGUUUUUGGUGUUUAUAUUAUGUAUCAUUUCCCCCAGACACUCUGAUCUAUGCCAGUCUUUUAUGGACAGAGCACAUGUUACUUUUGGCCACGACGAACUCCUGUACUCCAGAACACUCCUGCUGUUCCCAGAUUCCCACUACCGUUUUUCUCUUGAUUUGCUUUUUCACCUUCUGUAAACGGGACGGCCAUUACUGGACUGAAUAUGUGCUUUUUUUCUAUUUUUUAUUUAUUUAUUUUUUUGGACACACACACACUCUCACACUUUAACACACACAGUCUCCUGCUACUACUACAGGUUUGGGCUGAAUAAGUAAAUAUUUCCUGUAAAAUGUAACAGAAAUGCAUUGUUAAUCUUUUGGUCCGUCAGUAGGAUAGAACAGUGUGAGGUCACUAUUUGUGCAAUACAGGACAGUACAGUGUACAGAGUGUGUUUUACAGUCAUUAUGAAUGUAAAUUUGAUUGUACAAGAUAAUAUGUAUAUCUUUACUGUCACACAAAAAAACCUUGUAUCAACAAAAUGAACAAAUUUAAACAGAAAUCGAUUUAGAUCAUUUUUAUUCAAAGUCCAUUUGGUUCAAUUAUCAUUCUAUUUUAAGCCAGUAUAAAGAACGACUGCCAAAAAAAAGUGAAGAAGUUAAAAAUGAAGAUGCAUAGCAUUGUUUCCCUCAGAUAGGAACAGUAUAGCCAUAGUAGAACCUAUUUUUGUUUUUUAUUUUAUUCGCUAUUUAUCUUAUUGAAGAACAUUGAUAAAUAAAUUUCUUGGUUCUUCUACUGUGUUUCUCAAAACCCCUUUGUGGCACUUUUAUAUUUAACAGUGUCAAUGUGCU